UUAUUCAGUCUUGAGCAAGCGUGGUGGGCGUCAAAGCGGGGAAGUCUCAGCCUAAUGCCUUUCCAACUGUACUAUCCACACGACUCUUCCAUGACCACCAUAUACAAAUCAUAUAUGCCACGGAGGUACCUCGGGAAUGCGCCUUAUAAAUUGCAUAACUUAUGAGCUCGAGGAGUUCAUUGGCAACAAUACCCCAAAAUACGCCAUCUUAUCUCAUACGUGGGGUCAUGAAGAAGUCCUAUUCUCAGAUUUGCCUUUGCGCCAGCCUUCAACCACAGCAAAGUCUGGAUACCAGAAGAUCCAAUUCACCUGCGGCCAAGCGAUACGCGAUGGAUUGGCUUAUGCAUGGGUAGAUACAUGCUGUAUCGACAAAACAUCAAGCGCGGAGCUUUCAGAAGCUAUCAAUUCCAUGUUCUAUUGGUACUCAAAUUCCACCAAUUGUUACGCUUUCUUGGAGGACGUUUUGGCCGAUGAAUUUGAGAGAGAUCUCCCAGAAAGCCGAUGGUUCACCCGCGGCUGGACAUUACAAGAGCUGAUCGCGCCUACCAAGGUGUUCUUCUACGACAAAUCUUGGAUGCAGUUUGGAGAUAGACACACCCUUUCGCAAACGAUCUUUGAUAUUACGAGAAUCGAUCUAGCAGUACUUCGCUACGGUCUAGUAAACAGAAGGCAUGGGUACAUGGCGUCGGAUAAGGCAAUAUCGCUCGAUACCCUCUGCAUAGCACGAAAGAUGUCAUGGGCAUCUAGUCGAAUUACAAGUCGCCCGGAGGACGUCGCGUACUGUCUGCUGGGGAUAUUUGACAUCAAUAUGCCACUCUUGUAUGGAGAAGGCGAGCGCGCUUUUGUACGCCUGCAAGAAGAGAUAAUGAAAAGGAGCGACAGCGAUGACUCAAUUUUGGCCUGGGGAUUGAAUAGCGAGACAAUUCUCUCUUCUUCGCAGGAAAUCAUGCCCGUCCUCGAUGGAGCAUCAGGGGGAGUACCACUGGAGUCGCAGGAGCUACUAGCGAGGUCACCAAAAGCGUUCGAGAACUGCAGGGAUCUGACAUUAUCACUUUCCUCAGAUGUAUCUUUUUCCCUUACAAAUACUGGAAUCAACUUGCAAAUUCUGACGGUUUACAUGGAAGUACCGGAAGGCAGAUCAAAGCAUGGACAUUGUCUUAUUGGGCUUCUUAGCUGCUCGCCAGGUGUUGCCAUGCGCUCUCACGUCCUUGGCAUCAUCCUACAUCCUGUCCGCAGUGAUGACGAACAACAGCCCAUACGGACUGUGUACAGAGGUGCAGCCCUGAGUCUGAGCGAUUAUAAGGUCUCGCAGACGGUAUUCAUGAGUACUAGAGAUGCUAUCAGACGUACUGAGAGUAACAUCACUAUUGUCCGAAUGAAUCGGCAGUUUGGCCCGUUCGAUGAGUCAUAUGUCAUCAAUAACUCCAAAAACUUCUUUGAAAAAUUGGGUUGGCGCCUCGCCGAUGUAACAGGAUGGUCUCUCGUCCGAUAUUUCAACAAACCCGACCACGUACCAAGAGAACCAAAAGAUUGGGACCCAACAACAAUGACUUACACACGUCUCGCUAAAGAGAGCCCACUUGACAUGUUGUCUUUGGAGUUCUCGACCCAGGAUGGGUCAUCCCCGUCAUCGUACACACUAGAUAUCAACGUGGAAAGUCCGAAUGUACGCCCUGAGGCAAGAUCCGAAGCUGUCUUCGAGUGUAAAGAUGGGAGCUAUGUUCAACUUACCGUUAAUUGGAUUGACGAAGGCACGAUACACCAAUGGAGAGUGUUCAGCAUCAACAUCGGUAUCGUGGACGUGUUCUAAAUAGUGCUGACAUCGCUAUGCGCGACGACAAAAGGGAAGCGUCUACUGGAGGCGCAUGAAUGUAGCCAUAUUACACCUACGCCUGAUAUCUUCUUGGGUGGAGUUUAUCUUGUAAUGUUGAAAUUGCUAGGAGAGAUAAAUCUAGCAGCUGAGUGCCGCAGCAAAAGCAACGGCCAAGACAGCCGUGACACUUGCAGCGAUUGUCCCCGCCGCACCCGUCUCUUUAGGUACUUCGGCUCCAGAUGUACCCGAC